AAGCCAACUGUCAUCCUUACAAAGAGAAAAUUUUGUUAUGUUUUGAAGCCGAACAUUGAUACCUCUAUAAUACACUAUUUUAUUUCCGUGGCAGACAAACAACGCAGAAAUAUAAACCAUGAGCAUUUGGGAUAGUUUGACGUCUUGUUUUUGGUUUUCAGCUGAAAACCAACGAAAUACCUUCGCCUCAAUAUUGGCUGGAGUUUUGUUCUUCACAGGAUGGUGGUUCCUUAUCGAUGCAAUCUCAGUAUAUGGAGAAACAACAGCACUUCAAAUUAUUUUAGGUAUAAUGGGAACAGCAAGUUUAAUCAUGGUCAAUUCAGUUUCUCAAGCCCAGAUAAAUGGUGAUGUUGCGUUCAAUGGUGGCUGCCUCGAGACCCGAGGAGCACGCAUUUGGAUUUUCGUUGGUUUCGUCCUUGGAUUCGCCGCAAUCAUUGCUGCAGUAUGGACGAUGAUUGUUCGCUUGAACGGCAGUGAGAACAAGAGCAGUUGGCCGGCAAUAAGUGUGCUGCUGCAGAAUGUUUUCAUUUUCUUGGGUUCGAUCGUUUUCAAAUUUGGUCGUUCCGAAGAAUCGUACUAAAAUAAAACACAACAUCACCACUCAAGAUUGGUUUUUUUCGGUCGCAACACAACAUCGAAUUGUUAAACCGAAUGAAUCGAACAAGAAUUGGAUUGAAAUUGCAUUUCAGCACGACAGAAAUGUUUUCAUCUUCAAAUUAAAAGGCUACACAAUAAAAACAAGAAAGAAAAAUUACAUAAUUAAGCAAACAAAAUGGAUAAUUUAAAAAUGAAUUUACAAUUAGAGCAUCAAAUAUUUGCAUGGAAUAAAUAUAAACAAAUAAAGUGAA